UGUUUCGACACGCGCCGAGCUUCGCAGCUCUUCCAGGGGCUUCGCUGCCAGAGCUAGCCCGGGCCCAGUUCUGGGGCGAAAAUGCCUGCCCUUCCCAUCGAAGAUUUGCCAGAGAAGGAAAAACUGAAAAUGGAAGUUGAGCAGCUUCGCAAAGAAGUGAAGUUGCAGAGACAACAAGUGUCUAAAUGUUCUGAAGAAAUAAAGAACUAUAUUGAAGAACGUUCUGGAGAGGAUCCUCUAGUAAAGGGAAUUCCAGAAGACAAGAACCCCUUUAAAGAAAAAGGCAGCUGCGUUAUUUCAUAAAUAACUUGGGAGAAACUGAAUCCUAAGUGGAAGAACUAGUUUGUUUUAGUUUUCCCAGAAAAAACCAACAUGCUUUUUAAGGAAAGAAGAAUGAAAUUAAAAGGAGAUUUUCUUAAGCACCAUAUAGAUAGGGUUAUAUAGAAAAGCAUACGUGCUACUCAUCUUUGCUCACUAUGCAGUCUUUUUUAAGAAGGCAGAGAGUAUCAAAGGUGCAAUUAUGGAAAUAUGAGCAUUACUUGAGCAUGACACUUCUUUCAGUAUAUUACUUGAUGCUUCAAAUAAAGUUUUAUCUUGGGAAAAAAAA